AUGACCCGUCCUCUUUCCAAACCACUUUUCUACGAGACCUCCAGAUGUGUCGCGCUUUAUUUGAAGUCUACUAUUAGGAUUCAACUCUAUCUCCGAUGCCCCGCUUUCCAAACCAUCCAUAGAACACAGAAUUUUCGAGUUGCCGACCUCAAAAUACGACCAGAAGACUUUGAAAUCGAUGGGACAGUCUUUCAACUUGGUAUACUUCGCCAUUACUUAUCCGGGAAUGUUCCGGAAUCUACGGCUUGGAAAAAUGCAGCAGGAGGAGAUCGACAAGAUAUCGAUAGGUAUGGUCUACCGAUUCUUGCUCAAAAUGGACAACAAGUUCCAACUGAUGCUCAAUAUAUAGAACAAUUGGAGCAACAAGCGUUAAUGUUGGAAAGGAAUGGUCCCAGAUCAUCGCGUGCACUUACAGAAGAUGAUGUUAAAUCGCACAGAAUGGAUAUUGAGAGAAAACGCUUGAAAAUCCAGUCCUAUGAACUCAGAAUGGGAAAUCAAAAGCCACCAUUUCAACAUUUUGUUGAGUUGGCUAUGACUUGUGGAGAAGAGAAGAAGUGCGAGUAUGUAUCAUAUGAAAAGACUCUCCAGGAAAUCAAAGACUAUGUCCUCCAUAAGAUAUUCGCAAUCGAUGCCAAAGGUUUUAUUGGAAACUUGCAAAUCGGCGAUGAUGCCUUCAAUCGGUACUUAGCACGGCAUCUUCAAAAUCCACCACAAUUGUUCCAAAUUAAUCCCGUGUUUCAAGCUCAAAUUGCUGCGCAGAAUUUUUUAAUGCCUCUGCCAGGCCUUGUGCCGGAUGUCCCACCGGUAUUCCAGGAGCAACCACGAGUAGCUGAUGUUGUGCCUCUGCUAAAACUUCGAGCUGAAUCUGUAGAAGUACAUCGAUUGGUUGUGACUGGAAACAUUGAAAAUGCUUUGGCUAGUCUCAAACCGUUCCGUUGUGAAACUCCAUUAAAAGAAUUGAAAGUUUCCGCGCAACCGUAUCCGGAUGAUCCAGUUUUAAGAACCGCUCAACUUCUCAACAUCGUUAGUGCCUCACGAAUGAUCCAAAUCCGAAAUCUCCAGAAUUCUCGAAUACAUUUUGACCAGUUGGUGUGCGAUGAGCAAGAGUUUAACGCUUUUGUGAGAAUGAUGGAGGAGGCUGAAACCAUGAGAUACUACUCUUUCGAAUUCAGUGAACUGAAGGAUUUGAAUUUUUUGGUGAAACGAUUCAGAAAUCUCCCAGGAGCAGAGAGAGAUGAUUUCGCGGAGAUCAGAUCUACCAACUUGCCGAAACGUAUUGUGAUCCCACUAAUCAAUCAGAAGGAACUGAACAUCUACGUUGAAGAGACAAGCAUGGAGGACACAAAAUAUUGUGACACGCCGUUUAUUGUCAAGAUUAAAAGCAACCAUAUUCUUCCAAUCGAUCAAAGUGUCCCUAUGACAACGACAUACAUUGCCACGUCACAUGUAGAUUCUUGUGGAUACUGUGUGCGAGAAACCCGUCGCAACGUCAUCAAGGCGAAUAGUGUGUGCGAGAGGGAGAGGUCAAUCCGUCGCCACGUCAUCAAGCCCGUCGUGAGGGUCUCGCAAAAUAAAUACACACUAAGAAGAGGGCAACCUGGGCAGAGCAGACGGUGUAUGGCCCCUUCCCCGCCAACGUCGCUCACUCUACACAAAGAACAAGGCAGUCCGGUUUUGUACAAUUUACGCCACGUCAUCAAGACAAGGCUCUGGGAAAAACGGAUGACCCGUCCUCCUUCCAAACAACUUUUCUACGAGACUUCCAAAUGUGUGGCGCUUUAUUUGAAGCCUAUUAUUAGGAUUCAACUCUACCUCCGUUGCCCCGCUUUCCAAACCAUCCAUAGAGCACAGAAUUUUCGAGUUGCCGACCUCAAAAUACGACCUGAAGACUUUGAAAUCGAUGGGACAGUCUUUCAACUUGGCAUCCUUCGUCAUUACCUUUUCGGGAAUGUUCCGGAAUCCACAAAAUUGAAGAAUGCAUCAGGUGGAGAUCGGCAUGAUAUUGAUAGGUAUGGUCUACCGAUUCUACCGGCUCAAGGUCAAUUUGGACAACAAUUUCUAACUGAUGAGCAAUACAUAGAACUGUUGGAGCGACAAGCGUUUCAGAUGGAAAGGGAUGGGCCGAUAGCAUCAAACCGUUAUAUGUUAACAGAAGAUGAUGUUAAAUCGCAUAGACUGGCAAUUGAGAGAAAACGCUUGAAAGUCCGAUCUUAUGAACUCAGAAUGAGAAAUCAAAAGCCACCAUUUCAACAAUUUGUUGAGUUGGCUAUGACUUGUGGAGAAGAGAAGAAGUGCGAGUAUGUAUCAUAUGAAAAACCUCUCCAAGAGAUCAACACCUAUGUCCUUCAUAAAAUAUUCCGAAUAGAUGGCAAAGUUAUUUUUGGAAACUUGCAAAUUGGAAAAGAUGGCUUCGUUUCCGGCUUAGCAUGGGUUAUUCAAAAUCCACCGCAAUUAUUCCCAAAUGAUCCCUUGUUAGGAGCUCAACUGGCUGAAAUGGAUAAUCCGAUUCUUCUGACAGGCUUUAUGCCGGAAGUACCACCGGUAUUCCAACUGCAGACACGAGUAGCUGAUGUGGUGCCUCUGCUUAAACUUCGAGCUGAAUCUGUAGAAGUACAUCGAUUGGUUGUGACAGGAAACCUUGAAAAUGCUCUGGCUAGUCUCAAACCAAUUCUGGCUGAGACUCCAUUGAGGGAAUUGAAAGUUUCCGCACAACCGUUUCCGGAUGAUCCAGUUGUAAGAACCGCUGAGUUCUUUAACAUCGUUGGUUCUUCACGAGUGAACGAAAUUCAGCAUCUCCAGAACUAUCGAGUUCAUUUUGAUCACUUGGUGGGUAAUGAGCAAGAGUUUUACGCUUUUGUGAGAAUGAUGGAGGAGGCUGAAACCAUGAGAUACUACUCUUUCGGAUUCAGUGAACUGAAGGAUUUGAAUUUUUCGUUGAAACGAUUCAGUACAAUCCCCGGAGCAGAGAGAGAAGAUUUCACAGAGAUCAGAUCUACCAACUUCCCGAAACGUAUUGUGAUCCCACUGAACAAUCAGAAGGAACUGACCAUCUACGUUGAGGAGACAAGCAUGGAGGACACAAAAUAUUGUAACAAGCCGUAUAUUGUCAAGAUUAAAGUUUAA